UUCCCCGUCACCCCUCGUCUCGUCUUCUUCGUCUUCUUCUUGCUCUCUCCCUCUUCCUCGAAUCGAAUAGAAUAGGAUCCAACGGGACGGGGCUAAGAUCUACGGAACGGAACGGAAGGAAGGAAGGAAGGAAGGAAGGAAGGAGGAAGAGGCGAAGAGAUGGCGUGGCGGCUGGCGCUGCCGCUGCUCCUCUUCUACUCCCCCAUCCUCCUCUGCUCCUCCUCCCAAGAAGUCCAAGACAAUGAUCCCUCCAAAUUGUUCAAGAGCGCCUCCGAGAUGAUGAGCCUAAGGAAAUACGACGGAGCGCUCGGUCUGCUGAACGCUGUCCUUGAGCUCGACCCCAACCAUUCCGAAGCUUACAGGCAGCGCGCAACGGUGCUUCGUCACAGAUGCAGACACAAGGAAGCUGAGAGUGACUAUAACAAAUUCCUGGAGCUCAAGCCUGGGACUGCUUCAGUGGAGAAGGAACUAGCUCAGCUGCUGCAGGCUCAAAACGCGUUGGAAUCUGCUUAUAGCCAGUCUGAUGCUGGAGAAUUCUCAAAAGUCCUGGAGUACGUCAAUAAAAUUGUGCUCGUCUUUUCUCCAGGUUGCUUAAAGGCAAAGCUUCUCAAGGCUAAAGCGUUGCUAGCACUGAAAGACUAUUCAAAUGUUAUUUCGGAGACAGGAUUUAUUCUCAAGGAAGAUGAAGAUAACUUGGAUGCACUGUUACUUCGUGGUCGAGCAUACUAUUACCUUGCUGAUCAUGAUGUUGCCAACAGGCACUACCAGAAAGGACUGCGUCUAGACCCUGAACAUUCAGAAUUGAAGAAGGCGUAUUUUGGGUUGAAAAAACUUCUGAAGAAGACCAAGAGCGCAGAGGAUAAUGCUGCCAAGAGCAAGUUCCGCGUGGCUGUUGAAGACUACAAGGCAGCACUAGCAAUGGAUCUAGACCACACUAUGUACAACGUACAACUUUAUCUCGGGCUAUGUAAGACUCUGGUUAAACUUGGGAGAGGCAAGGAGGCAAUCAACAGCUGUACAGAAGCACUCAGCAUAGAUGAAGAACUUGUUGAUGCUUUGGCACAGAGAGGUGAGGCUAAACUUCUAACAGAAGAUUGGGAAGGUGCGGUUGAGGACCUCAAAGAGGCUGCCCAGAAAUCCCCACAGGACAUGGCAAUCAGAGAGGCGCUCAUGAAAGCUGAAAGGCAGCUCAAGCUGAGCAAAAGGAAAGACUGGUACAAGAUCCUGGGCAUCUCAAAGACAGCAUCGGCCGCGGACAUCAAGCGCGCGUACAAGAGGCUGGCGCUGCAGUGGCACCCGGACAAGAACGUGGAGAACCGCGAGGAGGCGGAGAACAUGUUCCGAGAGAUCGCCUCCGCAUACGAGGUACUUAGCGACGAGGACAAGCGUGUGAGGUACGACCGGGGAGAGGACCUGGAGGAGAUGGGCAUGGGGGGAGGCGGCGGCGGCUUUGACCCGUUUGGCGGAGGCGGUGGGCAGCAGUACACGUUCCACCACGGCGGUGGGUUCCCCGGCGGGGGCUUCCCCGGUGGCUUCCAGUUCAACUUCGGGUAAAAAGCAGGCCAGGCUUACUGUUUAGUUUUGCUGUCACUGCUAGUGAGUAGUGUGUCGUGGUCUUUUGGUUUAGGAGGGAGAGCUUAACGACAACAUGUGUUAAUUAUAUAUAUCUAGCUAAGAGCUUUUACCAUCUUGGCUCUUACUCUGGUUAAAGAAAGUUUUGCUUUAGCACCAAUUAUACAAGAAAUUUUCCGUGAGAUGAAUUGUACUACUGUAUUAUGAUUUAUAGCUGGCGAUUCUGUGAUGCAUCGGCCAGUUGAUUGGAAAAAAAGCUACUCCACUACCA